AAAAUUUUAAAAUUCAAAUAAUUAUUGAUUGUGAAUUUGAAAAUAGAAUAAAUUAUGUAAGUAGCAUUAUCUUAAAAAAGGAAAAACAAUAAUUUAUUAUUUUAAAAUUUUAGUUUAUUUUACUUACUUAGUUUAAGAAUUUAUCAGAAAAAAAUUAAAAUAUUGGAAAUUUUUAGAACACAAAUGAAUAAAUUUGAGAAUAAAACAUUAAACAUUAGCGGAUAACAUAAAUAAAAGGGUUAUGAAUCUAAGAUUUGCCAUUUCCGACCCUUUUAUUUUCCUUUUACAAUUUUGACGAAAAUCUGGUCCAUUCCUCUUCGUUUUCCUUCAUAGAUUUCUAAUUAGGGCUCUGAUCACAUCCGUUUCUACAUUCAAUUUCAACAUCGUCUAACCAGCAGUUUAGCCAUGGUCUGCGAGAAGUGUGAAAAGAAGCUAUCGAAGGUGAUAGUGCCGGACAAGUGGAAAGAAGGUGCAAGCAACACACAAGAAAGCGGUGGCCGUAAAAUUAACGAAAACAAGCUCCUCUCCAAGAAGAAAAGGUGGACUCCUUAUGGAAACACCAAGUGCAUAAUUUGUAAGCAGCAGGUACAUCAGGAUGGGAAGUAUUGUCACACAUGUGCUUACAGCAAAGGGGUUUGUGCUAUGUGUGGGAAGCAAGUACUUGACACCAAGUUUUACAAACAGAGCAACGUGUAAUUAGUAGCCAGAAUUGAUAUUCAACUUGUAACUUUAUCAUCAGGGGUUAACGACAUGUACUUCGAUCCUGAUGUAAUUUUCAUCCCGGUAUCCAUCUAUAGUAAAUGACUAAUAGUUCCUUCAAUUUCCUGAUCCGACUUGAAGUGUAAUUCAACCCAGAAUUAACAUUUGUUUGUUUAAUGAGAUUUAUGUAUUAUAAAAUUCUACUUUCCUUUCCUUGCUAAUGCAGUUAUGACCUAAUCUUUUACCCGA